AUGAGUGUGGUUGCUUUCAACUUCCCGGAACCUCGACUGCAGCCCAGUUUGUCGGACUACUAUACAAUGCCAGUGCAUCCUUCAGGUUUCGAGGGUGCGGCUGCCGAUAGGCGCAUGUCGAGCGCCAAUGAAGCCGCCCUCAUGGCUCUGCCGACAGUUAUGUUGCGACGUCUGCCACGAAAUACGACCCUUGAGGCAGUGCGCACGAUGCUUUUAUUCGCCAAAGACCUCCAAGAUACCGAGAUCAUUCCAAAUGAGUAUGAAGAGGAUGCUGGCUUCACCACUGCGAUCGCUCGAUUUGGUUCCAUGGCUGGGGCAACUGAGGCACAAACCAUGCUCGAUGGCAAGCCCAACACGGCCGGGCAGGCGAAAAUGAUUGUGGAAGUGAUAAGCAGCCCAUCCAUGGCAGCAGUGCCUCGCCGCAACACCAUUGAUCCUCUGGCUAGCCGCAAAAUAGGCCAGUCGGUAUCGCCGUCCAUGACCAGCGCCCAGAAGUCGUCACGAUUUAACGGCACGUUCCAGUCCAUGGACAAGACAUCUCCGCCGCCUGUUGGGUCUCCGCCAGAACUGGUGUCGUCGGACACCAGUUCUCAGUUGCAGACAAUCUUUUCGCCGCAGUCGCCAGUACCGAGUGGUCUGGCGGAUCGCCCUCGUGCCAGCGGCAAGAAGGUGAUCAAUGAAGACGGCGCAGAUGACGAUACAGGCGAGUUACUCAAGGAUCCCCUUGCGUAUAUGAACAAUUCGUCAAGCAACCCGACCGGCAAAAGAUCAACACACCCACACAUGCCUACCGCCGCCUUCUCAGCCCUCUCACUGAAUACCAAUAUUGGCAAUGGGGCAGCGUCUAACUAUGCGUCUCCUCGGUCUGCGGUCGGGUCUCGCACUCCUCACGCGCAGUUUCCAACAAUGGGCCCCAACGGACACUACUCGAUGCCUUCCCAACCUUACCUCCGACAUAAUUAUCCUCCUGUCAACCCUGCCGACCAGAAUCCACCCUGCAACACUUUGUAUGUGGGUAACUUACCCAUUGACACGUCGGAGGACGAGCUCAAAGCCAUGUUUUCCAAACAGCGCGGGUACAAAAGGUUGUGCUUCCGGACCAAACAGAAUGGGCCAAUGUGUUUCGUGGAGUUUGAAGACAUUUCUUUCGCAACCAAGGCUCUGAAUGAAUUGUACGGGGCGCAGCUCCACAACAGCGUCAAGGGCGGGAUCCGGUUGAGCUUCUCCAAGAACCCGCUGGGAGUGCGUGCGGGUCAGCCCGGGAGCAACAACCCAAGCACGCCCCUCAGCGCCACGGGGCCGAUGAGUGUGAAUGGGUUCAGCAAUGUCACGCAUGGUGGCUUUUCGACGGCCAGCGGACCGCCGCCCGGCCUGUCGGUUCCUCCGGGACUCAAUAUGUCCGUGGCUGGCAUGAAUGGCGCUGGUGUCCCUCCGGGGACAUUUGUGAAUCAAUUCCCGCUAGGCAGUAGUCCGGCGCCCAAUAUGCGAGGAAUGGCAACGAACAGCGGGGCGCCGGGACCGGGAGGAAUGUAUCCCGACUACAUGCUCGGACGGUGA